GGCUGGAGCUUGCUGGCAGCCCUACACUGCGUCCUCCUACCUGACCUGGUCGGGAAGUUAAAGUUCAAGGCCCCUCAACUUGAAUUGCUGGCCAAGAGAUGGCAAGAUAGGUGCUUGGAGGUUUGUUUGUUUUGUUUGUUUAUUCCCUGCUGUGGUACUGUGUGUGUGUGUGUGUGUGUGCGUAUUCGAGAAGCUUCUCAGGCCCUCCUGCUAGCCGAACUUCGCCGCCUGGGACCGCAGGGUCGCAAGAGGGUCGUAGACGAGUGGAGCCCCUAUCUACCC